AGAAUGAAGGUCCUAUUGGUCCUCUGCCUGAUGACAUCAGCCCUAGCUUCAGUCAGAUUUCCAAACCUAAAAAAAUCCCCAACACUAAACAAGCCCCUAUUACAAGACGUUGGAGAACCAUUAAUUCUAACCCCCUAUCUAGAAGCAAAUAAAAUCCAAGAGGCACGUGAAGCUGCUCAAGUAAACCUCGAAGCUUUUAAAAAUGUUUCCAGUUACUCUGGCUUCUUGACUGUCGACAAGGAGAAAAAUGGAAAUUUAUUUUUCUGGUUUUUCAAAUCCGAAAAUAACUACGAAGAAGAUCCUGUCUUAGUUUGGUUGCAAGGUGGCCCUGGAGGUACCAGUUUGUAUGGGCUUUUUGUUGAAAUUGGUCCCUUUGGAGUAGCAAAUGGAACAGUGGUGUCGCGUGAUUUCUCCUGGCACAAGACCCAUUCAGUUUUGUAUAUAGACAAUCCUGUUGGAACUGGAUUUAGUUUCACUGAUGGUGAUUACGUAACAGACCAAAACCAAGUGGGAGACCAUCUCUAUAAAUUCCUUACUCAAUUCUUUACAAUGUUUCCAGAAAUCCAAAAGAAUGAGUUUUAUGUUUCGGGAGAAUCCUAUGCAGGGAAAUACCUGCCUGCCAUUGGGCACUUCAUACAUAAAAAUAAUCCAACAGCAAGUGUAAAAAUUAAUUUAAAAGGCCUUCUAAUUUGUAAUGGCCUUAGUGAUCCAAGGCAUCAAUCUAACUAUGCAGCUUUACUUUACCAGUUAGGUUUGAUUGAUAAAAAUGCAGCUGAUCAGUAUGAAAAUUAUCAAAGUUUAUUAUUUCAAAGUAUAGAUAUGGGAAUUUAUGAGUUUGCAAAUGAAUGCUUAGAUCAACUCAUUGGAACACUGUUUGACAAAUACACUGCAUUGCGUAAUAUUUAUAAUUUUGCUUCGGAUGUGGAUGACAGCCCCACAGAAUGGCAAGAUUUCGUUCAAACGGCUGAAAUAAGAAAAGCCCUCCAUGUAGGAAAUCAAACGUUCAAUUAUCAAAGUGACCCAGUUUAUGAGAGCCUCUCGAACGAUAAGCCGAAAAGUGUGGCUCCUUGGGUUAGUGAACUUUUAAGUCACUACAGAAUUUUGGUAUUCAACGGCCAACUGGACAUUAUUGUUGCUUAUUCCUUAACGGCAGAGUAUCUGCAAAAUUUGAAUUUUAGUUCCAGUGCCGAAUACGCAAAGGCCGAGAGGGAAAUUUGGACUGUAAGCAAUAGAGUAGCUGGAUAUGUGAAAAAUGCUGGUAAUUUGACAGAGGUAAUGGUUAGAGACGCUGGCCAUAUGGUACCCAAAGAUCAACCAGAAGCUGCGUACGAUUUGGUUUAUAAAUUUAUUAGAGGACAGCCUAUAAGUUCAAAAUAAAGAGAAUUUAU